CUCUCCCUCGUUGGUUGGCCGCCGUCCCGACCGAUAGAUCAAACGAAAAGACGUGCCUGGCGUGCCUAUCGGCGUGCCCGCCAUCCUGCACACACCACAUCCGCAGAGCAUGAGAAUGACUGGAGGGGCUCAACUUAGGAGUGAGUGCUCGGCUCACCUGCAUACUAGGUAUUAGUUUAAGAGGCGAGAUGCUAAGAUCUACCACGACGUCUUGACGGGUCAAGGAUAAUGGAUCACACCCGUAGCGUCAGGGAGGUGUAGCUCAACUGACAGGGGGAGCCCGAAAGGCUCUGGGUUAAACCCGCCGCCCUCGUACAAUGUGGGUUCGACCCCGCCGCCUUCCACCUAUGAGGCGUUCAGUGGAAAUUCGCCACAGCAAGUUCUUGCCUUCUUGGCUCAUCUGCAGCGCCCGUGGUUUGCC